AUGGAAUUGGUCAAAUUAGAAGAACGAGACUUUGCUUUCCAAAAUCGAUUGCAAACUUUCUCAAUUGUAAAUAACGGUCAUAUCGAUGUGAAAUCAUUCCUAGAUGAUGCAUACGUUUUGUUUGAGAAACGAAUUGAAAAAUUGCUUGAAGAGCACUACAUUGUCAAAGUUGCUUUCUGUUUUAUGGAGGUGUUUGAGAAGGAAAUCAUGACUAGCGAAGGUGCACAAGUGAUAACACAACAAUUUUACUUGCACACCAGAGUUGAGAUGAUUGAUUUUGAGACAUUCUUAAGCUCCUUCUACACUGCAAAUGUUGUGGAUUUUGUGCAGCAGAAAAUCGAUGAUAUGCAGCUGCUUGGGUCUGGGUUCAGGCUUGCUGAAAUCACGGAAUUGAACGUGCAAGUUAGUCGCUAUGAUCCGUUCGGUGGUUCUUCAUACAUCAAGUUGCCAAAACAUCUUGAAAAGAAAAAGGCCAUCAUCAAUGUACAAAAUAAAGACAAUCAAUGCUUUAAAUAUGCCAUUUUGUCAGCAUUGUUUAAACCGGAUUCAAACGCUCAACGUGUUUCACAGUACAAGCAGUAUGAGAACGUGUUGAACUUCGCUGACAUCAAAUUUCCUGUGCAAUUGAAAGACAUUUCAAAGUUCGAGAGUUAUAAUUCAACCAUCUCCGUGAAUGUCUACAUGUAUGACAAAAAGGCGCUUGUUGUGAGACCAUUACGUUUGACCAAAUCAGUGAAAUUGAAUCAUAUCCACUUGUUGUUGCUCACCGAUGCAUCGGGUGAUGAUGAAGAAGAAGAGAGUGUUGCGCAUCAUCUCGAUGGAGCGGUUGAUGAAAGAAAAAUGCACUACUGCUGGAUUAAGAAUUUGAGCGCAUUGAUAAGUCGACAGAUAUCGAAAAACUGCACACAAAAACUGUUUUGCGAUCGCUGUUUGAAUUACUUCACCUGCUCUGAACGAUUGAAUGCACACACAAAGAAUUGUUUUCAACAAAACGAUUAUCAAGUUGAAGUUCCGUUGAUGACUGAAUUGAAAUUCGCAAACUAUAACAAUAAGAUGAAAGUGCCAUUUGUGAUUUAUGCUGAUCUUGAAUCAUUGCUGAAAGUGCCCGAAGUGGAGUUUUGUCAAAAAGAAACAACGAAAGCAUAUCAACAACAUGAAGCCUAUGCAAUUGGUUAUUACUUCAAGUGUAAUUAUGAUGAUUCGAAAUCAUUUUAUCGUAGUAAUCGUGGUCCAAACUGUAUUGAUUGGUUUAUACAAGAUCUUCAGGAUAUCGCGAGUGAUGUUGAGCAGAUUCUGAAUGAUAAAAUGCCACUUAACAUGUCCUUAGAAGAUGAAGCAUUCUUCAUUGUAUCUGAUGAAUGUCACAUUUGUGAAGAACCAUACAUGAUGGGUGAUAUUCGUGUUCGUGAUCAUUGUCACUUGACUGGAAAAUAUCGAGGAUCGGCUCACUCUCGUUGUAAUCUAGGAUUCAAAGUGCCUCGCUACAUUCCAGUAAUAUUUCACAACCUUGCACAUUAUGAUGCUCAUUUCAUUAUUAGCGCACUUGCAACAAAAGUUCCUGGUAAUAUCUCAAUUAUACCGCGAAAUGAGCAAAAUUACGUGUCAUUCACAAAGACGAUGCAAAGCACCAUCACAAAUGAUUACAGAGAAUUCAUCAAGUUCCGAUUCAUCGAUUCGUUUCAAUUCAUGGCGAAGUCAUUGGACUACUUGUCCUCAACGUUACCGUUCGAGAAGAAAAGUAAUCUUAAAUCGCAAUUCAACGAUUUGGAUGAAGAGCGGCUAAAGAUGUUGAAACGAAAAGGUGUUUUUUGCUACGAUUACAUUGAUGAAUGGGGGAAGCUGGAAGAAACAUCAUUACCAUCCAAAGAAAUGUUCUACAGCAAGUUGAAUGAAUGUGAAUUAUCUGUUGAAGACUAUGAGUUUGCAUGCAAAAUAUGGAGUGAUUUCAAGCUGAACACAUUGGGGGAAUAUUCAGAUCUUUACAUGAAGACUGAUAUUCUACUCCUCGCUGAUAUAUUCGAGAACUUUCGAGUGACAUGCUAUGAAAACUUCAGUUUGGAUCCAGCGCACUAUUACACCGCACCGGGUCUAACCUUCGAUUCAAUGCUGAAAUAUACAAAAGUGGAGAUUGAAUUGAUGACAGAUGUUGAUAUGUUGCUAUUCAUCGAAAAAGGAAUUCGAGGAGGUAUUUCACAGUGCAGCAAGCGUCAUGCUAAGGCGAACAACAAGUAUAUGGAGGAGUAUGAUCCAAAUAAUCAAUCGAAGUAUAUAGUUUACUUGGAUGCGAACAAUUUGUAUGGCUAUGCUAUGAUGCAAAGUUUACCCAUCAACAAUUUUGCUUGGUGUCAAAAGAGUUUUACUGUUGAAGAGAUCCUAAGCAUGUCAGACGAUUCUGAAGUCGGCUAUAUCUUCGAAGUAGAUUUGCAAUAUCCACAACAUCUUCAUGAUAGCCACAAGGACUAUCCGUUUUGCGCCGAGAGUCGUUCAGCGCCAAAUACAGCUAAGGCCGAAAAAAAACUGAUGUUGACAUUGUUUGAUAAGAAAAACUACAUCAUUCAUUACAAGAUGUUGAAGGGUGCAAUUCAACAAGGUCUACGUUUAAAAAAAGUUCACAGAGUGCUGGAAUUCAAACAGUCAAAGUGGCUUCAACCAUAUAUCAAUUUGAAUACCGCAUUACGAACGAAAGCAACAAAUGAAUUUGAGAAAGAUUUUUAUAAACUGAUGAUCAAUGCGAUCUAUGGAAAAACGAUGGAAAACGUUCGAACUAAAUCAGAUAUUCGUUUGAAAAGUGAGUGGAAUGGUAGACAUGGUGCUCGAAAAUUGGUAUCAAUGCCAAACUUCAAAAAGUACACCAUUUUCAAUGCAGAUUUAGUCGCCAUUCAUAUGGACAAAACAAAUGUGAUCCUAGAUAAACCAAUAGCAAUUGGGAUGUCCAUUUUGGAGAUAUCAAAAGUUUUGAUGUAUGAAUUUUUUUACAACCACUUGCGAGCACAGUAUGGUGAUGAUAUUAAACUGCUCUACACUGACACUGAUUCAUUCAUCUUGGAAGUGGAUACAGACGAUUUUUAUGCUGAUAUGAUAAAUAAUUUGAGCAAGUUUGACACAAGUGACUUUCCAGAAAACAAUGCAUACAAUAUUCCACGUGUGAACAAAAAAGUUCCUGGAAUGUUCAAGGAUGAGUUGAAUGGUGAAAUUGCUACUGAAUACGCAGGUCUUGGUAGUAAGAUGUAUGGAUUGCUGACCCAUGGUGUUGAAAAAAUGAAGAAAGCUAAAGGUGUUAAGAAAUAUGUGCUGAAGAAAAAUAUCAAAUUCCAGGAUUACAUCGAUUGUAUCAAUGAUAAAUGUAAUAAGAUUGUGAGAGAACAAAAUACUUUUCGCUCUAAGAAACAUACUGUAUUUAGUGUUAGACAGAAAAAAGUAGCACUUAGUGGAGAAGAUAAUAAGAGAUUUAUAUUAGAGGAUAAUGUUGAAACUUUACCAUGGGGGCAUUAUCUGAUUCCAAUGUAA